ACACUGCUCACUUACAUCUCACUGCUCUGAGCCAUCUCAGCCUGGCUGAAUCCUCUGAAUGUAAGAGUGCUGUCGAUACCUCCACACACACAGCCUCGUCGUCUAAUCUGCAGUCAUGAACUACCUGCGCAGGCGUCUGUCAGACAGCACCUUCAUCUCCAACCUGCCCAAUGGCUACAUGUCAGACCUGCAGAAACCAGAUCCUCCUCAGCCACCCCCUCCUGGAGCAGCAUCAGCACCGGCACCAGCUGUGGUCUCCCCGGCCCAGGAGAGGAAGCCCAUCCAACCCCAGCCAUUAGGAACGGGCUUCUUCAGCUCCAUCACCAAUGUGGUGAAGCAGACGGCAGCCUCAGCAGGGCUUGUGGAUCAAACCGCUGUUCCAGGAUCAUCCAAGAGACGCAAGAUCCUUCUGGUCAUCGACCAGCCACAACAGGACUGGGCCAAACUCUUUAAAGAGAAAAAACUCAUUGGCGAUUAUGACAUCAAAGUCGAACAGGCUGAGUUUGCAGAUAUCAGUGUCGUAGCUCAUGCUAAUGGCUCGUGUCAUGUGGUUGUCCAAAAUGGAAACCAGGCUGUCAGGUCAUUUAUACCUGACUUCGUCCUGAUCCGUCAACACGCUUUCAGCAUGGCAGAGAACGAAGACUUUCGGGAUCUGAUCAUAGGACUGCAGUACGCUGGCAUUCCCAGCAUCAACUCUCUGGAGUCCAUCUACAAUCUCUGUGAUAAACCCUGGGCGUUCGCUCGGCUGAUUGCCACAUACAAGAAUCUGGGACAGGAGAAAUUCCCGUUAAUUGAACAGACAUUUUAUCCCAACUAUAAAGAAAUGGUGACCAUGCCGGCGUUUCCCGUCGUGGUGAAAAUCGGACACGCUCACUCUGGUGUGGGAAAGGUGAAAGUGGAGAACCACACAAAGUUUCAGGACAUUGCCAGUGUGGUGGCCAUCACUCAGACCUACAGCACAUGUGAACCUUUCAUUGAUCCAAAAUAUGACAUCCGGAUUCAGAAGAUUGGAAAUGAUUACAAGGCUUACAUGAGAACAUCCGUCUCAGGGAACUGGAAGUCUAACAUCGGCUCUGCCAUGGUGGAACAAGUGGCUAUGACAGACAGGUAUAAGCUUUGGGUAGAUACCUGUUGUGAGAUAUUUGGGGGCCUUGAAAUUUGUGCCGUCAAAGCCAUUCAUGGCAAAGAUGGAAAAGAUUACAUUACUGAGGUAAUGGGUUCGUCGAUGCCGUUGGUGGGAGAGCAUCAAGCUGAAGACCAGCAGCUUAUAGCAGAUUUGGUCCUUAACAAAAUGCAGCACAUUAUAUCCCAAAAACCCAAGAGACCAACCGCCAUUCAGCCCAGACAGGAUGCUGUUGAGAAAGAUGCUGUGGUUGAUGUUAAGAACGGCCCAUCACAGAAAGCUGCUGCUCCUCAGGGUUGUCUGCAGUACAUACUUGACUGUAACGGAGUUGCAGUGGGACCAAAAUUAGUGCAGGCAAACUGACUCAAAGUAAAUAAAAUCCUGACAGAGACCUGAGCUUUUCAUUAUUGUGAUCUUGUGAUGAUGAAGCUUUUGUUUUUUCUGUGGAAUGGCUGUUUUCUUUCAGGUUGUAUGUGGUGAUAUGAGCAAAUUGUGCCUACUGUAGUGUUCUGUGCCACUUUCUUCACAUGUGCUCGCUAUUUUCUUGUCUGCUAUCUGUUGCAAUUUAUAAUUCGAAAUGCUUUUCUGAAAGUUUGCUGUUGUGUGUACAGUACAUACAUGCAUACACAUUAGUAUUGAGGUUAUAUAACAUAAAUGGACACUUGAAUUGCAUGAGCAAAUGUGUGUGUGUUUAAAAAUGAGUGAAUUGUGUUUUCUGCUGUUUAAAUACACUAAAUAUUGUCCAUACACUACACUAAAUCCCAUGUAUUUGUAAAACCCAGUGGAUUAAACUUAUAUUGCUGUGUAUCAGCUGUUUUUAGCAAAAGUGGGGUUAACCCAGUUUACCUUUGUCCUUGUUAAGCCAUGUUAUUACCAAAUAAAUAAUAAAUACUACUAAAUGUUAUUACUUAAUAAAUAAUAAGCAAUAAACAUAAAAAAUGUA